AUGGCACAGCCUGUGGCGAUCUGCUAUGACAUGGAUGCUCUGAAGGAGACUCUCUGUGCCCUCAAGGUCGCGUUCCCCGGCAACUUCACUCACUGCAUAGCGAUCAAGAGCAACCCGCUUCCUUUCUUCUUGAAGUUCGCCGUGAGGAUGGGCUGCGGACUGGAGGCUGCGUCGUACGCCGAGGCGCUGCUGGCCUUGAGGACUGGCUGCCCUCCGGACAAGAUUAUGUUUGACUCCCCAGCUAAGACCCGAGCUGACAUUCGGUUUGCGCUCGAGUACAACAUCCAGAUCAAUGCCGACAACUUCUUUGAGCUUGAUCGCAUCGCGGAGGAACGGAAGAAACUGGAGCUGCCACAGGACUCGGGGUUCCUGUCGUCGUCGGUGAUCGGGCUGCGGAUCAAUCCGCUGGUGGGAGAGGGGAAAAUCAAGUCCCUGUCGGUCUCGGACGAGAGCUCCAAGUUCGGCAUCGCACUCACCGCAGACGCCAAGACGGUGAUCCUCGAGUACUUCCGCCGGUUUUCCUGGCUCUCCGCUCUGCACUGCCAUGUCGGGUCGCAGGGCUGCACGCUGUCCCAGCACGCGCAAGGAGCGAAGAAGCUGUUCGAGCUGUGUGAAGAGAUCAACAGGGAGGUGGGCAGCACACGAAUCAGGCGCAUGGACAUCGGAGGGGGGCUGCCGGUGAACUUCGAGUCGGAGGAGAUCUCUCCGACCUUCGACGUCUACGCUAAGACCCUCAAGGAGGAGGUUCCCGCCCUCUUCCGCGGCGACCUCACCGUCAUCACCGAGUACGGGCGGUCAGUCAGCGCCAAGGCUGCGUGGGCUGCAUGCUCCAUCGAGUACAUCAAGACUAUCUCUGCGGACUACGAGAUCGCCGUCAUCCAGGCAGGAGCUGACCUGUUCCUACGCACCUGCUACGUCCCGUCCAACUUCUCCCUCCGCGUCACAGGGCAUCACAGACACUCGGGGAAGGAGCUGCAGCCGCACGCCGAGAACGUCAAGGCCGGCAGCGAAGUCGCUCGCCGGGUGAAGCGAUACGACGUGGCGGGCCCGCUGUGCUUCGGAGGAGACAAGAUCACCGUAAACCGCUCGAUGCCGCAGCUCCUCGUCGGCGACUUCGUCGUGGUGCACGACGUCGGAGCCAACACGCUCUCCAUGUUCUCUCGCCAUUGCAGCAGGCAAGCGCCUCCUGUCUAUGGUUACCGCAGGCGUCAGGAGGGCGAUGGGGUCGAGGUUGUUCUGAUAAAGGAGAUGGAGCCUGUCGAAGACGUCCUCAGGUUCUGGUCUUGUCCCUUGUAA